GUUCUACACUGUGGACAAUCUAGAAUCAUGACAAUUUCGCAAAGCUGCAAAUUGAGCAAAAUAUAUGUACUUCCCUUUGUUGUGAAAUGGGAAAUCCCACAGAGCGACGCGUUUGAUUUGCUGGUUGGCAUAAACACCGGCUGAUAAAAAGCCCUCAGACUCGUCUGCAGACUCGUCUGCUGGGGGUAACGUCGCAGAGGCCGGACCUGCUUUUAAGACGUUUUAAGGCGGAUUCCUGUGAACGUGUGAGGAUGGGGCCGCUGGGUCUUCAGGUGGCCAUCAUCUGUGUUUUCCUACAGGUGGCCGGGUGCCUCCCAUCAUGCUUCCUGGUGGGCUCGGUCGCUAACUGCGCCUCCCUGCAGCUCACCGCGGUGCCUGCGCUGCCGUCCACCGUCACCCACCUGUUCCUGGACAGGAACUUCCUGAGUGAGCUCAACUCCACGUCCCUGCGGGGCCUCGAGUGGCUCCAGCAGCUGGACCUGGGGCAGCAGCGUGUGCCGCUGGUGAUCAGGGACCACGCCUUCGUUGGACUGCGGCGCCUGCAGAGGCUGGUGCUCGGCUUCAACCUGGGCCUCCAGCUGGAGCCGCGCGCCUUCGCCGGACUGGUCCGUCUGCAGAGUCUGCACCUGGACUACUGCUCGCUCACAGACUCCGUGCUGUCAGAGCCGUAUCUGGAGCCGCUCUCCUCCUUGGAGACGCUCAACCUCUUUGGGAACCACAUUAAAAGACUGCGUCCUUCAAUGUCCUUUGCAAACAUGACUCAUCUGAAAGAUCUGAACCUCAAGCUCAACUCGAUCGGCCACAUUUGUGAGUCUGAUCUUGCUGGUUUCCAGGGGAAACGUUUCAAGGUCCUGAACCUGCAGUCGACUCAGCUCUCGUACAAGAACGUCUCUGACUGGAAGAAGUGUGGGAAUCCGUUCAGGGGAGUGUCCUUCGAGGUGCUUGACCUGUCCCACAACGGCCUGAGCAUGGCCACAGCCAAGCAGUUCUUCAGGGCCAUCGAGGGGACGCAGAUCUCCCACCUCAAACUGUCAGGCUUAAUGGGUCGGGGGUUCUCCUUCGACAACCUCCCCGAUCCGGAUGCCGGAACAUUCGAAGGCUUGAAGAACAGCUCGCUCACAGUUCUGGAUCUGUCUCACAGCCACAUAUUUGAGCUGAAGCCGAGGGUUUUUAGGUCCCUUGGUGACGUUAGGAUCGUGGAUGUGUCCAAAAACAAACUGAACCGCAUCCACAGAAAUGCCUUCGAAGGCCUUCAGGGUCAUUUACACCUGCUCAACCUGUCGCACAACCUGCUCGGGGAAAUCUAUUCCCACACUUUUGCUUCCCUGGAGAGUCUGAAAGUGUUGGACUUGUCCUUUAAUCACCUGGGCGCUCUGGGCUAUCAGGCUUUUCAGGGUCUCCCCAAGCUGAAAGUUCUAGAUCUAACGGGGAACUCGUUGCGGGACCUGGGCUUCCCUGCGCGUCUUCCGAGCUUGGACCACCUCCUGCUGAGCGACAACCGGCUGUCGUCGGUGGGCGGCGUCACCAGCUUCGCCGUGAACGUCGUGCACCUGGACGUCCGGGACAACAGGCUGACAAACCUGCACGACGUGGACGCGCUGCUGACUCAGCUAAGGCGCCUCCGGCACCUCCUCUACGGCGGGAACGCGGCCCGGUGGUGCACGCUCAGCGGUGCGGCAGAACCCCUGAGGGGUCUGAGCGUUGUGGACCUCCACAGCAGCUCCCUGCAGGACGUGUGGUCCCAGGGCCGAUGCCUGGGUCUGUUCAACAACUUCCAUCACGUCCUCAGUCUCAACCUGAGCUCCAACGCGCUUCAGCAUCUCCCUGCAGGCGUUUUCAGGGGUCUCACCUCAGUGACGGAAAUGGACCUGUCAUCCAACGCCUUGACGUAUCUUCCGCCCGACGUCCUCCCUAAAAGUCUGAGAACUCUCCACCUCAGCAACAACUUCAUCGGCGCCCCGGAUCCCGACGCCUUCGGCUCCCUGACGCACCUGGACCUGAGGAUGAACCGGUUCCACUGCAGCAGCGACCUGAGGAGCUUCUUGAGCUGGUUGAACGGGACCCACGUCACCUUCCUGAGUCCGGUUCAGGAGCUCCGCUGUGAGUUCCCCUCUCACUGGUAUGGGGUUCUUCUGUUGGACUACUACACUCAGGUAACGCAGCGGUGAAGACGACCAGCGGGACCAGGGGUUCGUAGAAUCAGUGGCGAUUAUGUGAAUAAUAAUUAUAAAUCUGUUAUGAUUCAUUGAUUGAAGAACUGGAAUGAAUGAACGGCAGCUCCUCUGUAAUAAAUAAACGUGUUCUGGUUCAACAGUGACAUUUACAUACAUUAGCAUUAAACAUAUUAAACGUGACUACAGUAAAAGUCCACGUCUGACUCUGGGGCCUGAAGCCAUUUGUUCUGCCCCAGUUAAUGGCAGCGCCAGCUAAAAUUUCACUUGGGCAACAGAAAUGAGGCCAAACAAGCGACUUGGAAGCGGAAAUGUGGCCGAAAUUCACAGAUGUGCACACGUGAGUUAGAUGGAUGGACUGUUUAACUGUUGUUACAAAUUCACAUCUGUCUCAGCUGCUGCUCAGGUUGAAGCCGCUCCUUUCUCCCGUCUCACAGCAGGGGGCAGCAUCAGCCCACUGACUGAUGCUCAGCCCCUGCUGCUCUGAAGCAACGACUGACAGCCAUAAGAAAAACUCCCUCACGGAGACGCUCUAAAUUAUUGAGACUGAACCGAUCUGGAAGUAGAAACUAUACGAUUUCACUCCAUGUUUUUAUCCUAAUGGACUCACAUUACGCUGCAGGUCUGUCGCCCUGUGGCAGCGCUGCAGUUCUUAUCCUCGCUGAUGCUGAAGCCCAGCGGGAGCAGGACCUGAUUCAAAGAGCCGUGCAGGAUCCAAAUAAAUGAAAUAAAUGAGUGCAUGCGAUUGAAGGCAGACGCGCAUGAAGCCUAACACGGAUCUUUGUCUAUUGAUCAGAGAGAAUUAAACAUGAUCGAGCAGCAGGCGCCUGUCACACUGGCUUUAUUGGAUUUUUGAGCUCAGCCCCACCGACCCCCCACCACAUAGACACAUACAGACACCUAGCGCCCGCUCACGCCAUCCACAUUCCAACAUCCUUCACCGGCAGGUUACCAUGGAAACAGGCUCCGUAUCCACCUCCUCCACAGCCAUUCCUCACUUCCUGAUUGUCUUUGGAUCCCUGCAUCCGUCCGUCCAUCCCUCCCCCUCUUCCCAGAAGCUUCAUCCCCACCCCCACAGCCCUCGCACGCACACCGAGACAACAUUUCACAGCCUGGACACGUGUGGAAACAACGCUACGUCUGAAUGUGAUGUGGACGUGUAGAUGUUCAGUAAUCUACAAGAAUGUGCUUGUUUUCAUGUUAAUGUGCUGCUAAUUCUAUACUUCUAUCACAAUUAGAAAACAUAUUGAUCCAUUUAAUAGUGGACUUUGAGGCUGAGGAUGUGACAAAUGCUUCAUUAGCAUCACAAAUAAACAAAACACAGAGUAAACAUG